UUACGGUGGACACCUUCUUUUCAAUUACCGGCAUCUCCCUGCUCUAUCUUAAAGCCCGGAAGAUCGCGUGUGUCUGUAUUGAAAUUUAGUCCUCAAGGAGUAUGUGAAUCUUGCAUUGUGAUAAUUUUGUUUUGUGUGCGUGGACAUUGAGUUUUGAUAUCAUAGUCCCGCCGUAGGCCUGCUUAUUAAAACGGUUUAACAUUGGGAAAAUGGUUGUUGCCACAGGCGAUUUCGUAUCGACGAGUCGUGACAGUUUCAUUAGACCGCUUUUAGCGUCCGUGCCUGUUUUUUGGCUGCAACUUUUGACUGGCUCCAUAGAGGGUCACUCGGCUGUGCUUUUACCACAACUGGAGGAGAGCGAGAAGUUCUACAUAUCUUUGGAGGAAGAAUCAUGGAUUGCAAGUUUAGGAAUCAUGGCAACACCCCUUGUUGCGGUACUGUCUGGUCCCAUGGUUGAGAGAUACGGUAGGAAGUUCAUAUUCUACAUAUUUUACAUUCUUUGCACUCUUGGAUUUUCUUUCAUUGGCCUCGCGCAAAGGGUUGAACACAUAUACAUUGGCAGAAUUCUCGGCGCUGGUGCCCACGGCCUGACUCUGUGCUCAAUCCUGUACAUCUACGAGAUCUGCGUGGCUCACCAACGGAAUAAACUCCUGCCACUGCUGUGCCCGAUGUGUUCUGCUGGUAUACUGUACGCCUACGUAAUCGGUGGUUAUCUACCAUGGAACGUAGCCUCUCUGGUGCUGGCAGGGAGUGGUGUCGUAGGCCUCAUCUGCAUUUUCUUCAUCCCUGAAUCUCCAGCUUGGCUUGUGAUGCAGGGGGACAUAAACGCUGCAAUCCAGAGCUUGGAGUGGCUGAAGAGGGACAAAGAGACGAUCGCCCAGGAAGUAGAUGAGCUGAGAAAAUCCUCGACUAGUAAAGACCUGCCGCAAAGCAUCAGCUUGCAGCACUUUCUCCAUCCGACCGUCUGGAAGCCUUUCCUCAUCCUCCUCAUUUUCUCGGCCCUCCAGAACGGGUCUGGCUUCUACAUGCUUCUCUACUACACGGUGAAUUUCUUCCAGAACCUCGGAACGGGUGGCGAGAUCGACCCGUUGACCAUCACCGUUGGACUCGCUCUCAUGCGACUUGUGUCUGGCAGCUUCGGGGCCCUUUUCAUCGCGAGGUUCAGCAGGAAGAAACUUACCGCGACGACGGCUUUUGGUAUGUUCAUAGUCGCGUCGGCCGCGGUUGCCUACCUGGUCACUUUCGGCGAGGACCCAACGAACAGGCCUCACCAGUGGUUCUUAGUGCUGUGCUCCUUGUCCUACGUCCUUCUGUGCACCCUGGCGAUCCAACCGCUGCCAUGGUUGAUGACCAACGAACUCUACCCGCUCCAACUCCGAGGCCUCAUGAGCGGCAUCACCUUCUUCUGCCUCUUCACCAUGGUGUUCGUCGGCAUCAAGGCCUACCCCUUCUUCAUGUUCUACAUCCACAUCACCGGCAUCCUCUGCAUCUUCGCUGGAGCUUGUCUCCUCGCCGUCAUCUUCGCCGUCUUUCUCCUUCCCGAGACUUACAACAAGACCCCCUACGAGAUCGAGGAAUAUUUCAUGAGACGGAAGAAGAAGUCCGUGCACUGUGAUGAGACCAUUUACAUGUAAGACGGUUCCAGAUUUCAAAUGAACUAGGUACUUCCCAAGUAAUACACGGGAAAAAAUUAAAUGUUGAUUUAGCAUUUAUACUGUUAAAAAGAUGUCCGGCAAGUUUCAAAUGCUGAUUUUA